AGAAACCAUUAAUCCUCUACUGAACAAUGGAGUUACAGCACCGACAGAGGUUUAUUUCCAGUCAAUAAAUUAUUAAGAAAAAAAAAACCAAAUCCUCUCGUAAAACUAAAUACUAUAGGUACUAGUAGUAGUAGAAGGCAAACUGUCAUACGUAUUUGAAAACCCAGAACUGAUAGCCCUUGGGCUUUAACAAAGACUUUGUUCAUUGCCCAAAUUAAGCUUCUAACACUUUGCCCUGAAAACUGAGACUGACACCCACAGCCACCCUAUCAAUCCCAAGUCAAUGGAGUCGCAAGUGGGUGGCGAGGCAGUGCCCCAAAAGCCCAGAUUUUUUGUGGGGGUCCACGUUGGCGCCGGAUACCACGCCCCUUCCAAUGAAAAAGCUUUAAGGUUGGCCAUGAAACGCGCUUGCCUGGCUGCUGCUUCCGUCCUCCGUAAAGGUCCUGGUGGAUGUGUGGAUGCUGUUGCCGCCGCUAUUCAAGUGCUUGAGGAUGAUCCUAGCACAAAUGCUGGCAGAGGCUCCAAUUUAACUGAAGAUGGUACUGUAGAAUGUGAUGCAAGUCUUAUGGAUGGUCACUCUGGAACUUUUGGGGCUGUUGGAGCUGUGCCUGGUGUUCCAAAUGCUAUUCAGAUUGCUGCAUUGUUAGUGAAGGAGCAAAUGAAGGGGUCUUCUUUGUUGGGUCGAUUAGCUCCCAUGUUAUUGGUUGGUGAAGGUGCACGCAUGUGGGCAAAGUCUAAGGGCAUUCCCUUGCCAGAAACUAUAGGAAAGGCUGAUCAGUGGUUAGUGACACCUAAGGCAAAGGCACAAUGGAAACAUUACAAAGCAAUGCUUGUUGGUGCCAAAGCUGAGAUUGAUAUUUCUUCUGAAAAAAAUUCUUGUAAUGCACAACAGACUGCAUCAAUUCAAGACUCACAAGCUCAAACUUGUGAUACUUUGGAGGAGAACAGGGCUGGUCAAUCAUGUACGCUCAACACAACAGAAGAGGACAGCAUCAUGGACACUGUUGGAGUUAUUUGUGUUGACACUGAAGGACAUAUAGCAUCAGGGGCCUCUAGUGGUGGUAUUGCACUGAAGGUCUCUGGUCGUGUGGGAUUAGCAUCAAUGUAUGGUUCAGGCUGUUGGGCCUCCUUUAAAGGACCCUUUGGGGCUCCUUUCAUUGUUGGUAGUUGUGCUACUGGUGCAGGAGAAUACCUAAUGAAAGGAUUUGCAGCUCGGGAGUGCUGUGUCUCAUCAUCGCUUUCACAGGCAGGUCCUGCCUCGGCUUGCGUGAAAGUUAUUCGCUCUGUUGUUCAUGAGAGCAGUCAAAAUGAUACUGAUAGAAGCGCUGGGAUUUUACUUGUGCAAGCUGAUGCUCCUAUCACGGUUCCAGGAAAUCCUCCGAAGCUGAAAGCUAUAGAGAUAGGUGCUGCUUACUCUUCCUUGUCCUUUGGUAUAGGAUUUCUUGGUAGUUCUAUGGAACGUCCCAAGGUUUCGAUUCUUAGGAGGACCAAACAGCAGAAUAGAACUGGUAUCGAUCAUUUUGAAGCUCGAAUUGAUCUUUCUACAGAAAAUUUGUUAUGACUGGUCUUUGUUUUGAGGAUGAACUCUCAGAUCAAAAUUUUCUAAUGUACUUUUCUUUGGGGACUGUGUUGUAUCUUCUAAUUGCCAUUGAUACAAUCUAAUUUUGCUAUUGAGAAGAAAAUAAAAAAUUCUUACAAAUGGUAGCCAAUGCCAUGAAUUGUGUUCUUGGCCUC